AUCCACCAAUAAUAGUACUAUGAUCAGUUCCCAGAAGAGUCAAUUCACUUUGUCCAAUCAUCAACGAGUAUCGUGUCCUUCAGCUGCUUAAUCCAAUCAUUUUAAUGUCUUAAAUAUAAUAUCAAUUGCUAAUUAAUUUAACUCCAUUACAUUACUGACACCUGGAUUAUUUCUUUUAAUUGCCUUGUAUAUGUAUAUAUAUAUAUUGCAAGUGCCACCAGCACCAUACUAUCAAAAGAAACUUCCAAGUCUCUGAAAAUCAAAUUAAUUCAGCAAAAGCGUGGAAGAUAUGGAGGUCUCUCUUGCACUGACACUCAUCGUGUCUUCAGUGGUUCUUCUUCUACUCGCUGUCUGCUUCAUCAUUCAUCUCUACAAAACAGUCUUGCUCAGCUCACAGAGGUUGAAGACGAAGCUCCAUGUUCAGGGUAUCAGAGGUCCUUCUCCUUCUUUUCUCUACGGCAAUCUCUCUGAAAUGCAACAAAUUCAGUUGAAGGCAAUGAAAGCUCAAAAUCACGGUGAAAUUGUUGCUCAUGAUUACACUUCCUCCAUCUUCCCUUACUUCGAAUAUUGGAGAAAACAAUAUGGUCUAAUAUACACAUACUCGACAGGGUUUAGGCAACAUCUGUAUGUAAACGAUCCAGAGGUAGUGAAGGAAAUGAACCAGUCAAUUAACUUAGACCUGGGGAAGCCUACUUAUUUGACUAAAAGACUUGAACCCAUGCUUGGCAACGGCAUUAUCAGGUCCAAUGGCCACCUCUGGGCUCAGCAGCGCAAAAUUAUUGCUCCAGAAUUCUUCAAGGACAAGGUCAAGGGUAUGGUGGGGCUAAUGAUAGAGUCAGCAGAAGCAUUGGUAAGAAAAUGGGAGGAAAGCAUCACCGAAGCUGAAGGGGGUAGCCAAGCAGACAUUAGAGUUGAUGAAGAUUUGCGAGGCCUCUCCGCUGAUGUCAUUGCAAGAGCUUGUUUUGGGAGCUCCUACUCCAAAGGCAAACAAAUUUUCUCCAAACUUAGGAACAUCCAAAACCUUCUCACCAACCAAAGCAUUCUUUUUGGUGUCACAAGUUUUGGGUUUUAUGCUAGCAAGAACCACAAGAUAAUCACUAACUUGGAAAGAGAGGUAGAGUCAUUAAUUUGGGAGACAGUCAAAGAACGAGAAAGGCAAUGCUCAGAGAAAGCUUCAAUUGAGAAGGACCUAAUGCAGCAAUUACUUGAGGAGGCAGUUAACGAUGGUGAGGCUACCAAGUUUUCACCAAAGCGAUUUAUAGUCGACAAUUGCAAGAGUAUAUACUUUGCAGGUCAUGAAUCUACUGCCACUGCAGCCUCCUGGUGCUUGAUGCUUCUUGCACUACAUCCAGAGUGGCAAUCUCGUAUCAGAGAGGAGGUGAAUCAAGUUUGCAAAGAUGGGCUAGAUGCAAAUUCAAUCUCCAACUUGAAGAUGGUGACCAUAGUGAUACAAGAGGCACUGAGGCUAUAUCCGCCGGCAGCAUUUGUGUCAAGGGAGGCACUUGAAGAAGUACAAAUAGGAAAAUACACAGUUCCAAAAGGUGUGUGCAUAUGGACUUUGAUUCCCACUUUGCAUAGGGAUCCAAACAUAUGGGGACAAGAUGCUAAUGAGUUUAGACCAGAAAGGUUCGCGGAUGGUGUCUCUAAAGCUUGUAAAUCUGCCCAAGCUUAUAUACCAUUUGGAGUUGGAACUCGUUUGUGCUUAGGCAGAAACUUUGCUAUGAUCCAGCUGAAGGUCGUUCUCUCCCUCAUUAUCUCCAAGUUUACCUUCACCCUAUCUCCCAAUUAUCAGCAUUCUCCUGCUUUUAGAAUGAUUGUGGAGCCUGAGCAUGGUGUACAGAUUUUAAUCAAAAAGGUUUAGCAGGAAAGAGUGCUGAAAAAUAAACUUAAAAAUAACACAAUUAUGCUAUGUGUAAUGGGCUCUUUUGUUGUACCAUGGAGGAAUAUAUGUGUCCUUUCCAUGUCUUGACAAAAACAGUGUUUAUUAGAUGCCAUUUAAGAAUGUAUUAAUAUCAUAAUUAAGUUAA